UGGGGGCGGGCAGUUCAUGGCAGGCCCGUCCCCUUCCCACCUGCAAUCGAAGCACUGCAGUGUGCCCUGCUGCCGGAACUCAGGAAUCGGACAUGUUAAGAAUGUCAUUAUUUUAUUCAGAUCUAAAAGCAGAUGGACAUGGGGAGGUAUGGAUAGACUGUACAUCUGAUGCUAAACUCAAACAAUAUGGCUGGAGGUGCACAACCAAAGAGAACGCUUACUCCAACAAAACUCUCAUUGGAAACUGGAAUCAGGAACGUUAUGACCUGUGUAAACUAGAAGAAAGGAAGCCACUUCCGUCUCAGUAUGCUCACUAUUACCAAACCACCUAUUCUGAUGGAUAUUGUAGGAAAAAUGGCUCUGUGAGACAAGUAUUUCAGCGAGAGCCUCACAUAUUUCCAGGACAUCAGCCAGAACUGGACACACCACAGUGUAGACGUCUUCAGUAACCCUGCUAUAUGUCCCUCUAUAGCAGCUGUUAUCCAUCACCUAUAAUCCUAAAUACUUGGCAAUCUGUGUAAUCACCUUUACAUGCUUAUAAUAAAUGUGUCAUGUUAGACCUGAAUAA